AUGUCGACUGAAACACCAAUCACACUGAAUAUCGACCCUCAGGAUCUGCAGGUCCAAACUUUCACCGUAGAAAAGCUGCUGGAGCCUCUCAUAAUUCAGGUUACCACACUUGUAAAUUGUCCUCAGAAUCCUUCAAACAGGAAAAAAGGACGUUCAAAAAGAGCUAGAGUCCUUCUAGCUUCUGUGGAGGAAGCAACUUGGAAUUUAUUAGACAAGGGAGAAAAGAUUGCCCAGGAGGCUACCAAUUUAAAGGAAGAGCUUAAUGUUGCACUGGAGGAAGUUCGAAAUGAAAGUAAAGCUUUGAAGGUAUCAGCUGAGCAAUUUACAGAUGACCCCUGUUAUCUCCCAAAAAGGGAGGCUGUUGUUCAAGCUGCACGUGCCUUGUUGGCUGCAGUAACUCGACUCCUUAUCCUUGCGGACAUGAUUGAUGUCAUGUGUCUUCUGCAACACGUGUCCACCGUUCAAAGGACCUUUCAGUCUCUUAAAAACGUUUCCAACAAAUCUGACCUCCAGAAAACAUACCAGAAGCUUGGGAAAGAGCUAGAAAAUCUGGAUUAUUUAGCCUUCAAACGUCAGCAGGAUUUAAAAUCUCCACACCAGAGAGAUGAAAUUGCAGGAGCCCGGGCCUCCUUGAAGGAGAACUCCCCACUCCUGCAUUCAGUUUGUUCAGCUUGUUUGGAACAUUCUGAUGUUGCUUCCCUCAAAGCAAGCAAGGACACAAUUUGUGAAGAAAUUCAGAAUGCCCUCAAUGUAAUUUCAAAUGCUUCCCAAGGCAUUCAGAAUAUGCCCGCUCCUCAAGAACCUCAGGCAGCAACCCUGGGAAGUGCCCUGGAUGAGCUGGAGAAUUUAAUUGUCCUGAAUCCACUCACGGUGACUGAGGAGGAAAUAAGACCAUCACUAGAGAAACGCCUUGAAGCCAUUAUCAGUGGGGCUGCUCUGUUGGCUGAUUCUUCAUGUACGAGGGACUUCCACCGGGAGCGGAUUAUUGCAGAAUGCAAUGCUAUUCGCCAGGCUCUUCAGGACCUGCUUUCCGAGUACAUGAACAAUACUGGAAGAAAGGAAAGAAGUAAUACCCUGAAUGUUGCUAUAGACAACAUGUGCAAGAAGACAAGGGAUCUUCGCAGACAGCUGCGCAAGGCUAUUAUAGAUCAUGUGUCAGAUUCCUUCUUGGAUACGACAGUCCCACUUUUGGUCCUCAUUGAAGCUGCUAAAAAUGGCCGGGAAAAGGAAAUAAAAGAAUAUGCUGCGAUAUUUCAUGAACACACCAGCAGACUUAUAGAGGUGGCAAAUCUUGCUUGUUCCAUGUCAACAAAUGAAGAUGGAAUUAAAAUUGUCAAAAUUGCAGCUGGUCACCUGGAAACCUUGUGUCCACAGAUUAUUAAUGCUGCACUUGCUUUGGCUUCAAGACCCAAAAGUCAAGUAGUGAAAAACACCAUGGAAAUGUACAAGCGCACAUGGGAGAAUCAUAUACAUGUCCUCACUGAAGCUGUAGAUGACAUUACAAGCAUUGAUGACUUCCUGGCUGUAUCUGAAAGCCAUAUCCUGGAAGAUGUCAACAAGUGUAUCAUCGCCUUGAGAGACCAGGAUGCUGAUAAUUUAGACCGUGCUGCAGGUGCUAUCAGAGGCCGGGCAGCAAGAGUUGCUCAUAUCGUCACAGGUGAAAUGGACAGUUACGAACCAGGGGCUUACACUGAAGGUGUAAUGAGAAAUGUUAACUUCCUUACAAGUACUGUGAUUCCUGAAUUUGUAACACAAGUGAAUGUUGCCUUAGAAGCAUUAAGCAAGAACUCCUUGAAUGUGUUUGAUGAUAAUCAAUUUGUGGACAUCUCAAAGAAGAUCUAUGACACAAUUCAUGAUAUCAGAUGUUCAGUCAUGAUGAUUCGGACCCCAGAGGAGCUGGAGGAUGUUUCUGACCUUGAAGAGGAUCAUGAGGUCCGCAGUCACACCAGCAUUCAGACCGAAGGGAAAACUGACCGGGCCAAGAUGACUCAGCUGCCUGAGGCGGAAAAGGAAAAGAUUGCUGAGCAAGUUGCUGAUUUCAAGAAAGUAAAGAGUAAGCUAGAUGCUGAGAUUGAGAUAUGGGAUGAUACAAGCAACGACAUCAUUGUUCUGGCCAAGAAGAUGUGUAUGAUCAUGAUGGAGAUGACAGACUUCACAAGGGGUAAAGGACCUCUAAAGCAUACAACUGAAGUGAUCUAUGCAGCUAAAAUGAUUUCAGAAUCAGGAUCAAGAAUGGAUGUCCUAGCUCGGCAGAUUGCCAACCAAUGCCCAGAUCCAUCCUGCAAACAAGACUUAUUGGCCUACCUGGAACAGAUUAAGUUCUAUUCCCACCAACUGAAAAUUUGCAGUCAAGUCAAAGCUGAGAUCCAGAACCUGGGUGGGGAACUCAUCAUGUCUGCUUUGGACAGUGUAACCUCCCUGAUCCAAGCAGCCAAAAAUUUAAUGAAUGCUGUAGUGCAAACAGUGAAAAUGUCUUACAUUGCCUCAACCAAGAUCAUCCGAAUUCAGAGUCCUGCUGGGCCUAGGCACCCAGUUGUGAUGUGGAGAAUGAAGGCUCCAGCAAAAAAACCCUUGAUUAAGAAAGAAAGGCCAGAGGAGACUUGUGCAGCUGUCAGACGAGGCUCAGCAAAGAAGAAAAUCCAUCCAGUAAAAGUCAUGAGAGAAUUUAGAGGAAGACAGAUCUACUGAAAUCACUAUUCUCUAGUGCCUAUAUUACAAA